AUGACUGGGAGAGCCAGAGCGAGAGCACGAGGAAGGGCUCGUGGUCAGGAGACUGUGCAGCACGUGGGCGCCACUGUAAGCCAGCAGCCUGGUUAUAUCCAGCCUAGACCUCAGCAGCCACCAGCCGAGGGGGAGUUAGUUGGCCGCGGACGACAGAGAGGAACAGUAGGAGCGACAGCCAAGUCACAAGAACUCCAGAUAUCUGCUGGAUUUCAGGAGUUAUCAUUAGCAGAGAGAGGAGGCCGUCGUAGAGACUUCCAUGAUCUCGGUGUGAAUACGAGACAGAACCUAGAUCAUGUUAAAGAAUCAAAAACAGGUUCUUCAGGCAUUAUAGUAAGGCUAAGCACUAACCAUUUUCGACUGACAUCCCGUCCCCAGUGGGCCUUGUAUCAGUAUCACAUUGACUAUAAUCCUUUGAUGGAAGCCAGAAGACUCCGCUCAGCUCUUCUUUUUCAACAUGAAGAUUUAAUUGGAAGGUGUCAUGCUUUUGAUGGAACAAUAUUAUUUUUACCUAAAAGACUACAGCACAAGGUUACCGAAGUGUUUAGUCAGACCCGAAACGGAGAGCACGUGAGGAUAACAAUCACGCUGACAAACGAGCUCCCGCCCACAUCGCCAACGUGCCUGCAGUUCUAUAAUAUUAUUUUCAGGAGGCUUUUGAAGAUCAUGAAUUUACAACAAAUUGGACGGAAUUACUAUAAUCCAAGUGACCCAAUUGAUAUUCCAAAUCAUAGGUUGGUGAUUUGGCCGGGCUUCACUACUUCUAUUCUCCAGUAUGAGAAUAACAUCAUGCUCUGUACUGACGUCAGUCAUAAAGUCCUUCGCAGUGAAACUGUUUUAGAUUUCAUGUUCAACUUGUAUCAUCAAACUGAAGAACAUAAAUUUCAAGAACAAGUUUCUAAAGAACUGAUAGGUUUAAUUGUUCUUACCAAGUACAACAAUAAAACUUACAGAGUAGACGAUAUUGACUGGGACCAGAAUCCAAACAGUACCUUUAAGAAGGCAGACGGCUCUGAAGUCAGUUUCUUAGAGUACUACAGGAAGCAAUAUAACCAAGAAAUCACCGACUUGAAACAGCCAGUUUUGGUCAGUCAGCCUAAGAGGAGGAGAGGCCCUGGUGGCACGUUACCAGGCCCCGCGAUGCUCAUCCCUGAGCUCUGCUACCUCACAGGUCUAACUGAUAAAAUGCGUAAUGAUUUUAAUGUGAUGAAAGACUUGGCUGUUCAUACAAGACUAACUCCAGAGCAAAGGCAGCGUGAAGUAGGAAGACUGAUUGAUUACAUUCAUAAAGAUGAUAACGUGCAGAGGGAGCUUCGAGACUGGGGUUUGAGCUUUGACUCCAACUUACUGUCCUUCUCAGGAAGAAUUUUGCAAGCAGAAAAGAUUCAUCAAGGUGGAAAAACAUUUGAUUACAAUCCACAAUUUGCAGAUUGGUCAAAAGAAACCAGAGGUGCACCAUUAAUUAGUGUUAAGCCACUAGAUAACUGGCUGUUGAUCUAUACUCGAAGAAAUUAUGAAGCAGCCAAUUCGUUGAUACAAAAUCUAUUUAAAGUUACACCAGCCAUGGGCAUACAAAUGAAAAAAGCAAUAAUGAUUGAAGUGGAUGAUAGAACUGAAGCCUAUUUAAGAGUCUUACAGCAAAAGGUUACAUCAGAUACCCAGAUAGUUGUUUGUCUGUUGUCAAGUAAUCGGAAGGACAAAUAUGAUGCUAUUAAAAAAUACUUAUGUACAGAUUGUCCUACUCCAAGUCAGUGUGUGGUGGCCCGAACCUUAGGCAAACAGCAGACAGUCAUGGCCAUUGCUACCAAGAUCGCCCUGCAGAUGAACUGCAAGAUGGGGGGAGAGCUUUGGAGGGUUGAUAUGCCUCUAAAGCUGGCGAUGAUCGUUGGCAUUGAUUGUUACCAUGAUACCACAGCUGGACGGAGGUCAAUUGCAGGAUUUGUUGCAAGCAUCAAUGAAGGGAUGACCCGCUGGUUCUCUCGCUGUGUAUUUCAAGAUCGAGGACAGGAGCUGGUAGAUGGGCUCAAAGUCUGCCUGCAGGCUGCUCUGAGGGCUUGGAAUAAUUGCAAUGAGUACAUGCCUAGUCGAAUUAUUGUGUAUCGGGAUGGCGUAGGAGACGGGCAGCUUAAAACAUUGGUGAACUACGAAGUGCCACAGUUUCUGGAUUGCCUGAAAUCUGUUGGUAGAGGUUACAACCCAAGACUAACGGUAAUCGUGGUGAAGAAGCGUGUGAAUGCCAGAUUUUUUGCUCAGUCUGGAGGAAGACUUCAAAACCCGCUUCCUGGAACAGUUAUUGAUGUAGAGGUCACCAGACCAGAAUGGUAUGAUUUUUUUAUCGUGAGCCAGGCAGUGAGAAGUGGUAGUGUUUCUCCCACACAUUAUAAUGUCAUCUAUGACAACAGUGGCCUGAAGCCAGACCACAUACAGAGGUUAACUUACAAGCUAUGUCAUGUCUAUUACAACUGGCCAGGUGUCAUUCGCGUUCCUGCUCCUUGCCAGUAUGCUCACAAGCUGGCUUUCCUUGUUGGCCAGAGUAUUCACAGAGAACCAAAUCUCUCCCUGUCAAAUCGCCUUUACUACCUCUGACCUGCUGAAGAAGACAAG